AUGAAGCCUUGGUUGUGCCCUUCAAAAAAUCAGUACAACGGACCCAUCGUCAGAUUAAUGUUAUUACCACUAUACGGGUUUUGGAACUAUUUGCUGUUUACCAUUUCUCACAGAGAGCAGCAUAGAAGCUUCUUAAAGGCCUGUUUUGUAAAAGCAACAAGUACCGGAAGAAUUCAAUACACUGGUCACCGAUUGAUCUCUAGAUCCAGAAUGAAGACUGGUGGCUUGCAGAUGAAUUCAGGUAAAGGCACUUAAAGAUGCAAGAUGGAUAGUGGAUAGGAUGAAAAGGAGAAAUGUGGAAAAGUUGCCUCCAAAAUUAGCAAGUGGCAAAUAGUUCAGGGGUUAUUUCAGUAACUUAUCAUUUACUAUUCAACUAUGAAUAGUAAUAUAUAUGUGAAUUGAAUGAAGAAUUGGACGGUGUAUAUAUGUGGUCAAAGUAAGGCGCCUAAAAUAAUUGUCCGCCUACAAUUUGGACGGCUUUUCUUCUUUCCUUUCAUAUGAUAUUGCUUUUGGCUAUAAAUAGCCUGAGCCAUGAGCCAGAAAGAUAAGAAAAUAAUUAUCCAAGUAUAUAUAGAAAAGUAUUACAUAUAUAUACUGAUACACCACCGUGUAUUUUAGCUCUCCCAUUCUAUUUGUAAUCUCUUUCAUAAUCCCUGUAAACACUUCAAAUUAUAGUGAAUUGUUUCUCGGCUUCCUCCGCCCGUGGU